GACCCGUCGUCCACUCUCGCGAGGUUCUGCUUCUGCUUUCAGUUUAACAAGACUGUCUGUGUGUUUGUGUAUUGUCGUAUAUGGACAUCACCAUCGUUGGAUGAAAGAAUCAUCGAUGUGGGGUCGGUCCGGUUGAAUGUUGGUUUUAAUAGCUGAUCGCAAACCUUCGAUUCAUUUCGUACGCGAACGAAACGGUCAACUUUUGCAGACUGGCGAAAACACGGUUUGACAUGCGAUCUGGUUGGUGCGCGACGGGCAAAACUGUGCAACACGUGGGCAAGAGAACUGUGUGGCCUGCAUCAUCGUUGUACGUUCGCUCCGUCCGGUUGAUCGCGCGGGUCGCUGCGUUUAGAGCCAGCAGAGGAGUGAUGUGUGUUUCAUUAUUCAAUUCAUUGUGAAUAUGGCGUUUAGUCUGCCCGGUGACCUCCCCUUCUUUCCCAUACGCCUGUCUGUAUGUAGGCGGGCCUUUAAAAGGCCAGGGUGUCUGGAAGGUUUGGCCAAACAGGUUUUUUUUUGCAACUGGAUAAACAUGGCCAAUGUGUCUCGGGGCCGGUAGUUGUUUUAUUUGAAUUGUGCUGCGUUAGGUGAAGUUCGAUCCCGAAUGCAUUGUGUCGUAGGAAUAAUGGUGUCACUGCAGUGCAGGCACAUGUGUCAGUGUAGUUUUCUGAAUGCUCCAACGGAUGGAAGUGUCGGAUUUUGUAGCGUUGCAGUAGCAUGUUGGUUGAUGACUGGUGAAGCUGAGUGUGUAUAACGUUAGUGAGGAGAAGUGUCUUUUAUAGUUGAGAAUUCAAAUAGUGGGUUUUAUAGUGGGAAAGUUUUUAUUUAGCAUCCAAUUGGCAAAAGUUGAGUGUUUCGUAAAUUGGGAGUAACGGUAGCACUCCAAUGGAACGAAGAAAUUGGAAGUUCUUUGGACGCUUUUUGCGUAAAAAAUCCCGAGAACCGCUAGUGAAUCGAUAUGCAUCGCGUAGGAAAUCUGUGUUUGCCGAAACGUACGAUCCUGAAAACGAUGACGAAGACGAGGGCGCGCGAGCAAUCUUUCCCAAAACGGACGAACAGCGGGCCCGGUUGUGUGAUUCAGUCAAAAACAUUCUACUUUUCCGAUCGUUGGACAAGGAACAGAUGAAUGAGGUUCUAGAUGCGAUGUUCGAAAAGAUAGUUCAAGCGAAAGACUACAUCAUCAAGCAGGGUGAUGAUGGCGACAACUUUUACGUCAUUGAGUCUGGAAUCUACAACGCGUAUGUGGGUGAAGAUCAAAAGCACAUACACACAUAUGAUAAUAGAGGAAGCUUUGGAGAGUUGGCUUUGCUAUACAAUAUGCCAAGAGCUGCUACUAUUCAAGCAGAAACGGACGGCAAAUUGUGGGCAAUGGAUCGUCAAACAUUCCGAAGGAUUUUGCUAAAGUCUGCAUUCAGGAAACGGAAAAUGUAUGAAGCUCUUCUCGAUGCUGUACCGAUGCUCAAAACGCUGCAGAACUAUGAACGGAUGAACUUGGCCGAUGCACUGAUACCUCAAACAUACGCUAAAGGUGAUCGAAUUAUCAAACAAGGUGACGCUGCCGAUGGCAUGUACUUUAUUGAGGAUGGUAAAGUGUCCAUUCGCAUCCAACAGGAUGCCGGCGAGGUAGAAAUUUCCAAUUUAGAAAAGGGCGGAUACUUCGGCGAGCUUGCGCUGGUAACACAUAGGCCACGAGCUGCAUCCGCAUACGCAGUCGACAAUGUAAAAGUGGCAUUUCUGGAUGUGGACGCGUUCGAACGUCUACUCGGACCGUGCAUGAAUAUUAUGAAGCGUAACAUCGGAGAUUACGAAACGCAGCUAGUUAAAAUCUUUGGCAGCAAAAACAACAUCACCGACAUCCGAUAAAGCGUUGCUGGUUCAAAAUCAAUCAAAUGGGAAUUCUAAUCAACUAGAAAUAUAUGCUGCAUGAAAAAUUCUACACUCCACGACGAAAAACGAUGAAAACCAAUCGAGCGGGAUAAACAGCGCCAUAAUUUUAGACGAAACUAUCUUUUGGACUAGAAGGCUACACUCUACGGAUGCAGGGAUCCUGCUUCACAAACAUUGUAGACACGAGGAGGGUAAGAAUGAUGAUUGAAUAAGAGCCUACCUGCCACUUACUCCAAAUUAAAUCACAUUGCGAGUCGCCAGCAUAGAUAAUGUUACUUGAUACUUGAAACCAAAUUAGUGGCUGCUCGUGAUCGUGAUCGCACAAAAUCAUCGACAGUGCUGAAACGUAAAAAGCCAUUGCCAUUGUAACGAAACCAAGGUUCGUAAACAAGCGAUGUUUCGGGAUUGUAGCGACGAUGAUUGAGCAACAACGCGAUGGACUUGAAGGUAGGAUGAUAAAAUUAGAUUAGAAAUAUUUUUUUGGCUGAUGAAUACACAAACAAAAAAAAAAAACUUAAAAGAUAAAUAUUUGAAAAAGUCGCCACUACCGCCGCCGUACAUGCUAUAGAUACAAGUACGCAGAUACAUGAAAUGCAUCAUGGUGAAUGGAGUAAGACACGACCCAAGCUCUUUAGUUGAACGAAUCUGAUGCGCAAGUAAAUUUAAAAUUGUAAACUGAAAUUGUGUAGAGUCUGUUGAACGUGGUGUGAAGUGGCGAUUCGUGUGUGCAUUAAGCUGACGCUGAAUAUUCAGAUGACGGACACAUUAAUCGAGCAUGAGGGUGGACGUGUAGUGAGUAAGAUACAUCGUAAUUGUGUAUGUAGACUUUAUGGUAAAACAUGAAAAUAACUUUUCUUACUCAUUAUGUCGUGUUGUUCGAUAUGAUAACCUUAGGGCGAUUAAAGCAUUAAGUGUGUAUGCUGAGAAGUGUAUUAAAAUUGAGUUAAAAACAAAUAACGAACGCAGCAGACUGUAGUUUAUCCUUUACGGCUAAAUGUUUAGAAAACGUUAACUGAGUUUUUUCGGCCUUUAGUUCAGGAAGUGCGUUGUAUUAUUUUGAAAUGCUAAUUUAUUGGUAUGUGUUUUUUUCUCUGUUAUUUAUUAUGCUGCCAAUGAGCAAAAAAGAAGCAAACAUCGUUAUAGUGGUUCAGCACAAGGAUGGUUAUUAUUGGUGAUUGUUAUAUUAGUAUUAUUUUGCAAUGGUUACGACCAAAAUAAGAAACAGUAGAACGAAAAACAAAAACACUGGAAUGCCGUUUCAUGCGUGUAAAAAUAAAGAAUUUACGUGACGGAAUAAUUUCGUGAACAUGUUCAUCGAAAAGAAGGAAUGAUGUGUCCGGAUCAUCAUGGAUGACGUGAAAUGUAUGGCUGCAUAUAAAUUAUAUUAGAAAAAAAAAAUGCUACGCGAUAGAUGAUCAUCAUUUGCAUACACACACACGUAUCAUACAGCGUCAGAAACGAUCAUAAAAUGCCAUAAACGAAAUGAAAUAGCUAGUAAGCAGUAAACACUUGUAAUAAACAUGAGAAAAAAACGUAUCAAGGUGACAAAAAUGUAGAAGAACGCAUAAGGUGGUGCGUAGAUUUGCUUGCAGAAACAAUUGAGAUGAUAUCAAGAAUAUAUGGUUUUGUAUUGCAUUAAGGGUAGAUGUUUGCAGCGUGAUGGUGAAGAGAGGGUGGAUACAAUAUUAAACGAUAUAUAAUGAAAUAGAUAUACACUUCAACCAGGCGUCUAUGGCAAAUAAGAAUGAUACCAACAGAAGAAAUAUGUUGUCAGAUUAGUUUCCAUUCAACGUUUACCGCCGUGCAAACUUCAAAAAUGAAACAUAAUUUUGUGCAUAAUAAGGAUCGGAAAAUCCCACUUCGGGAGUUUCUUAAUGCAUGUAUGCUUUCCGCUUAUAGAAAAAAGCGUGCGUGGAAAGGCAACAUGACGGAAAAGAAACAGUUACUUGAGUUGGGAGUUGUUUUAGUUUAGCGAUACAAUACUUGCUAAACGUACAAGAGAAUGUAACGAUGAAUGAAAGCUCUGAUAUUAGUGUUUUAUGGAUCCCUUGUAAUGGAAUAUUCUCAUGCCCACAUAUACAUAUAUGACGUUUGCUAGAGAAAAAAACGUAAAACGAAAGUAAAUACGUUUCCGCAACAUUCACUACACACUUCUAAAGCGUUUUCGAAGAAUCUCUCAUCAGUACUCCGGCAAUCAAAAUCUAUGUUUUCACCUUAAUGCUGUUUCUAUACACCUUUCCUGACGCUUUGAACGGUUUCAAGUAGCACACAAACACAACCAACAUCCAGAGAAUCAUAAAACAGAACAGAUAUAAUCGAGCGGACUGCAGAUACUACUGUGGAACGGUUCGUCUAAAAGUGUUGCGUUGAAAUUUACAUGUUUUGUUUUAACAUUCAACAUAUCAUGAUAUAGCAUUUGUACGAUGCAUGUUGAUGAGAAGGAUCCACGCAGACCCUUUGUCCCGCAAUUCGUACCAGACGUAUCCAUAACGCCUCCAAAUGGAUCCUUGUGUACGCUAGCCUACACAUUGGUGAUCCUGUGUAUUGACAUCAUUAGUAGUAGUAUCAUUAGUAGCGAUAUAAGAAAACGCUCCAGUGUAGUUCCCGGUGAGGCAAGCGCGGCAAACCGUUGGCUCUUUUUUGCCUAUUGACAAUGGCAAAGGUGUGCAGUCUUAUAGGACAAGAACCAAAUCUAAACUUCCCAACCGCAGCUUUCUCUUCCGCCGAGGCGGGCUUAUGUGACAUACCCUAACACAAUCGCGUAAAAUAAACGUAAUAAAUGGAUCCAUCUCUAUCACACCCGCGUCUGUAACACUGUCCACAGUACCUCUUGAGAAGCAAAAUCAGUGCUAACAGUAAAAGAUCAAAAGUAUGCAGAGAAGAGAAGAAGUAUACACACCUUUAAAAAGCUUAACGAAGAAAGAUGUUGUGCAAAGAAUGCGUGAGGCGAAGAGUAGAUGGCAAAAGUAAACAAAUAAUAAACAAACAAACAAACAAAAAACUCGUUGACAUCUUAAAUGUGCCCUUUUAUCCAAAAGAGAUGAAUAUACAUACACACACACACACACAAAAUGAGAUGAAAUAUCCUUAAUCAUACUUAGUCGCGCACGAAAAGUAAGGCUACAAGACAGGCAAGCAGUUACGCUCAUAUAAAUUCGUUGGAUUCCGCGCCAAGGAAUCCUGCUGCAAAACGGCUGAUCAAUCACUGGGAUAGAAUGCAGAGGCAUUACCUGCACACCGAUGCAGAAGGAAAAGUUGACAAGAUAUGCCAGAGGCAUUCGUUAGAGGAAGGUAUUUUCGAACUUCUACACUUCUAGUAUUUUUUUCUGUUAGGUAUAUGAAGAGCUUAUCUAGGGAAAAGAGGGAAAUAAUCAGACGUAUCUUGCAAUGCAGCUGUGCCAGUGCCAGUGACAUUCAAAGAGAAGUGAAAAUCGAGCGUGUCAAGCUCAGUAACGCAGAAAAACGUACGUGCAGAGUGCGAUAACAGUGUAAACAUGCUUUUUGUAACAGAUUUAAAACAGUCAAUCAUGCAACCAAUGGCGCAAAAUGCGUUCCACAUGAUACACACAGCACAGGUCACAGCAUGGAAUACAACGUACGUACGUUUGUCUACACUUCCGCUGCACAUUUAUUGAGAAAACACUUCCUUUUACUACGUUUACGUUUUUUUAAAUAAAAAGAUCAGCUUGCAACGUAACCCACAAGAAUGAUUUAAGAAGGUUCAUUUUGCUUUUCCCAACCACGAAAUCAUGCAUCAUCAUGUGGCAUAAUGAAUAUAUUAAACUCCGUAUCAGGCUCGGACGAGCCAACAGUUUGUAUGGCUUACGCUUGCUAAGCGGACAGUCAAGGCGCAAGGCUGGUCGUAUACUAGUUGCUCCAACAUAUAGCGCACUAGGGAAAAUGCUGGCCAUUUUCGUUUUAAGCGUUGUUUAUUUAAUGUUAAUUUUACGGCACAAUGAAAGGUUGGUUCAAGCUACUCUUCGGCUAGCUCCGCUUAGGGUAGAAGGAACCGAUAGCACUAAUAGCAGAUUUUGUGGUAAAAAGCGCAUAACAACUAGUGGUUUGUGUAUUGUUUCCUUAUUAAAAUGUUUUCGUUUAUGUUUCACUUUUCUUUAUUUCAUUGUUUACUAUAAAUUUUACCCUUAGCAUAGCAAAAGCGCUUAAUGAUAUUGUAGGCCAACACACACACACACUUGAAACUUAAAUUAUAAUUAAAGAAAUAAAGAAAAAAUGCAAUUACUUAGUUUGAUUCGAGGAAACUCUUCACGAAAAACAAAACUAUAUUUUAACAUUUAGGGCAAACCUAUUGGUUAAAUUGAAUGGAAAGUUUAAACUAAUCGUUUCCAUCAAUAAAACAAUGAAGUUUCUUUGCAUAUUUAAUCACUAUUGUUGUGCAGUUUAUAUCUUUUCUACUUUCCGGUAAAGAUGAAAAGUGACGUAAAAUUCCAAAUGCUACUAUAAAUGAGCAGCUCUAUGCUUCCUCUGAACACAUAAAUCGGGCGAAUUGGUUUAGAAACACCGAACUGGCUUAAGGAUGUAGGAUAAAUCUAUUUUGAAAACAUAACAACAAAAAGGAAAAAAACACAAACAGAAUAUAAAGCAUGUAUCAAGUGUAGUUAACAGUUCGAUUUCGUUGAAUAUUACACGAUUGAGUUGCUAAUUUUAAAGACAAAAAAAAUCACACAACACAAAUAUGCGUAACAAACAACAAACAAAUGAAAAUGAAGCAAAACAACACAAAAUAACAAAAAAAAAAAACAACAUGUUGCCUUCUCGUUAAUGAAGGUGUCGUAUUUAAUGAAAUAAAAGGAAAUAAAAAUGAAAGUAGAAACAAAUCAUA